AUUGAGGGGUGUAAAUAGAAAGGAUUCUUUUGAAUAGGUAGUAAUCUGCUAUAUAUAUAGUUUACGUCCCUUUGGUUAAAAAUGUUUUACUAAUUUACAGUAUGAUCCUUUAACUUCUUUUUAUCUUUAGAUAAUUCCCCAAUGGUUUCUAUCUUUCUUUUCGAUUUGGUUUCUUUAUGUGCUGUACGACAGCGAGUCAAAACAAAAAUAUCUUUCGGUAGAUAUUUUGUUAUUUAAUAUAAAAAAAUUAAAAAGACUCGUGAAAAGCUAUAAAGGCAAAUAGUUUUCUAAGUUUUUUUAAAAAAAAAUUGCACAUGGUAUCCUAGGUCGUUGAGUUAUGAUUUUUUUUUUAUUGUUAUUUUUCUGGAUAUUGAGAUUAAAGACUAGAAGAUUAGAUUUAGCGUGAUUAGGUGGAUUUUCCUUGUUUCGAACUAAUUAAUCAGUACGCCAUUUUUAGGAAAGUACUUAUUAAGCAAAUCCACCCAUAAUAAUCUACUUUAGCUGAUUAUAGAAGUUCGACAUAAAUGGAUUACAGGCCAAUGCUAAAAGUUGCCAACCCAUAAAAAUGCUUAAUAUAGAUUAUAUAAAUUAUCGUUAGACAAAUAUAUAACCGUAAGAAUCUUAAAAUAACUACAGUACAACCGAUUAACCAUGCCAAUGUCCAAAAAAUAUAAUUGCGGAUGAAUAUUUUGGUUUUCAGUUUAGUAAUAGUUUGAGGCAUUUACAUACUAUGCGGAUUACAAAAAUAUAAUUGAACAGAAACUAAAAUCUAUUUCGAAAUGAAUUGUAGUUUGGAUUCGGGAACCACAAACAAAAAUUCAACAAAAAACUAUACUAUGAUACUGGAAAUACUGAAGCAUUUCAAACUUCACUCUAUAUUUUACUUAAAAAUUGAAAAAAUAGAGAAAAAAUAAAGUAAUAAACAAAAAAUAAAAUGAUUACUUCAUUUAUAGAGUAAUGUUUUUAUUUUUUGUUCAUCACUUCAUUUCUCAUUCUAUAUUUUUUAUAUUUUGGAAUAAAAUAUAUAGUAGGAUUGGAGAUGAGACCAUUUAACGAUAAUCAAAAUUAUAAAAAUACUGUUUAUUUGUAUCUUUUGGUACUAAUAAGUAUAUAAAAAAACCUCUAGCAAAUUAGUUUUGAAAAUUUGGAAUUCUAAUAAAUGAUUCCACUUGCUUGUGCUUUAGACCAGACAUGAAGCUAAUGAAGCAGCAUUAAAUAUUAUACACAUAUAUAUAUAUGGAAAUUAGUUUUAUAAACUUUUUAAAUUCAUUUAAGGUGGAUAUAGGCUUCAAAUGUUAUGAACCGCUCCGUCCCGCAGUUAACAGUAACAAAAAUCUCUACAUAUAUCAUAUAUCUAUACGUUUUUAUAAUUGUUAAAACCGUAUUGCAGUUAAACCGUUUGUCCCGUACCGUUCAAACCGCAGUUACCAUUCGAAGCCAUAAACUCAUUAACUAUAACUUGAGUUUUAAUUUCGUUUUAAAAUCAGAUUGAAAGCUGAACCACACUAGAGUUUAAUAUGGUUCGAUUGAAUUAAAUUUUGAUAUAAUAAUAUGAUUCAAUAUAUUUUAAUAUAUAAAUAUUUAGUAAAUAUCUUAUAUAAUUAAAAUGUGAAUAAAUAUCAAAUCUAAAACAUCUACACAUAUUAGUUUUUGUUUAUACUUUUUUUUAUAAUUUUACAUGCAUUUGUUCAUUUUAAUAAUUUUGAUAUCGGACCAAAAACUAAUUGUUUGAUCAAUUAAUGGUUGAACUAACUUAUAUCUAAUAUAACUACGUGACCAUGAUCCACUCUAGUCUAAUCAUCAGAUCGGUCCGGUUCGAAAAACAGUGGUGAAAGGUUAAAUAUACGUGAUCAAUAAUUUGAUAUUUAGUUCUGUUUAAAUUUUGGUUUGCUUUGGUUCAGUUCGUCUAGUAGUACUGUGUGGUACACUGACAUAAAUGAAAAAAAAAAAGUGAACUAAGUAAUUGAUUAUUUAAAAAUAAAAGUUAUAAAUAAUCGGUUAAGGCACGCGUCUUUAUAGCGGUUUCUCCAUCAUAGCUCGCUCUCAUUUCUCUCUCUCUUUCUCGAUUGCCUUCACUUUCUGCGCAAAGAAAAGCGUCCAUCUUCUCCCCCCAUUUAUUGUUCUUCUCUCCCUUUUCUUUCUCCAAUGUCUUAUUAAAUGUGGGUCUCAUCUCUUCGACAAACCCUCUUUCUCUGGGUUCUUCGAAGACGUAAUUAAUAAAUCAUUUUUCAUUUUCAUUUUAAUUGGCCCUUCUUCAGCCAUGCCUUUGCCUUGGAAGAAAUCCAAAUCGGGUCGGAUCUCCAAAUUCGUAUCGGACCUCCAACAAUCUCCCAAACGCGGCGGAUCUCUCGUCGUCGAAACUGGCUUCCCCACUUCCCUUAUCCAUCUCUUCUUCAAGAACCGCGAUCGUCUAAAAAAAUCUUCUUCUAAACGCAACAACAACAAAGCUCAGAUACCAACCGGUCCGAGCCAUUCUCAUUCGACACGUCAGCGUGUUGCGUCUCUCCCUCCUCCUCCUCCUCAGCUACCAGCGUCGGUGACGGAGGAUCAAACGGCGAGUAAGAUCGACGAAAGCUUCGUCUGUGACGGUGGCGUAACACCUGAGAACAGAAACGACGAAUACGGCGGAAACGGCGGUGACCACGACGGCGGAGGAGGAGGAUGUUGUGUAUUGAUGGUGGUUGCGAUUAAGGUCUUCGUGGUGGCUGUGUUCGCCUUGAGCACGAAAAAGCUCGCCGUGGGGAUCACUAUCUCCGCCUUCGCCCUCCUCUUCCUCGAGUUCGCCGUGCCGCGUGUCCUCACGCUCCUCAAUCUCUGCCCCAACGCGCAGGUUCGGCUCGAUUCGUUGAUCAGAAAACUCAUAGGGACGAAGAAGCUAGAACCAUCAUCUCCACCAUCAUCAUCAUCAUCGAAUGUCUCCUUCGAAAUCAUCGAAACCUUCCAAGAACCGAGAGAUUGCAUCGAGGAAACUCCAGUUCCCGAGCCACCAGGAGCGGAGGAGAGAGAGGUGCUGACGAUAAGAGACGUGGUGUUCACGAAGGAGAAGAGCAAAAGCGCGAAGCUUAAGUCAAAGAUCGUGAAGAAGAUCGUGCCGAAGAAGCUGAGGAGUUACAAGAAGAAGAAGAAGCUGAAGAAGAUGAAGGAAAAAGAAGAAGCGGAAGGUGUGGAGAUUGAGAUAUUCGAAGAAGAAGGAGAAGGGUCUACGACGGAAGCUUCCAGCUUGUAUUCCGAAGAUAUAACCGAGAGCGAAGUGUCUGAGAGAUACGAGAUUGGUUCGAAUCCGCCAUUGUUGGAGAGCUGUGAAGAAGAAGAAGAAGAAGAGGAAGAAUCGAAAAGGGAUCUAACGAAAGUGAUGGUGAUGAUAGUGGUUGCGCUUGCUGGGUUGUUAGGCGGGAAAGUCUUAGCUAUUGUUCUGACAGUAUCUUCCUGUCUGUUUCUGAGAUUGGUCUGCUCCAAAUCUCAAACUAUUCUCUGACAAACUCUCAGACCAGUGUCUGAACUCGGAGGGAAAAGGGGCCAGGCUUUGGGAAGUUUUUGCUUUUGUUGUUUGUGUUCCGUGGCACCGGUGGGACCUACGGAUCGCCGUUAAGUGACGGUGUUGACGGAAGUGUUGUUGGGUGGUUGGCAGUUCGAAGCUACAAUUUGUUUGGCUUAUGAAACUGUAAAUUUUCUUUAAAAAAUGUUAUUAACAGAGGAUAUUGUUAUUAUUAACUUAUUAUAUGAUGGUCAAGGAGUCAAAGUUGUUGUUUA